UUUAUAAGGCAAUGCAGUCGGUGUUUAUGUGGCCAGUUAAGCGAUGCAGAUGUUGAUGAUUUCGGGUUUUUUGCGCACAUCAUGUAUAUCCUUAAUAGCACACACUUUGUAGUGCCAGUUAGCCUAAUCUGUCAGGCUUUAGACUCAUACAUUACACUUUCUGUGCCACGGUCAGUUUUUACACUAAACUGUAGUUAAGUGCAGCGUCAGACUCACAGUAUCAGCCGUCAGAAGUGCGUCAUUAUUCAUGGACGGUGUUUGAUCAGGCCCAGAUCAUUCCUUCAAAACAAAUGUCAGUGUGGUUAAAAAAAAGAAGAAGGCCCUAUUAAGUAGUGAAUAAGCCUACGUGAUGGCGUAAAUUGACUUAUACUUAAUAUUUUGUGCAUUAGGCUGUACGUGCAAUUUUACCAACCAAGUGAAAAAAUGUUGUUUGUUAAGAGAGCUCGCGAGAGUGUGUGAAGUGACAGCAGGUUGAAUAAGGAAGUUCAGAUAGCCUACGUGUUAAACCUGCAGUAUUUUUUUUUUUUUUUUUUUGUUAAGUCAUCUUUAUUGCAAAAAGUGGUUUGCAGUUCAGAUGCAUUGUUCCCAGGUGUACAACAUCAUUUGGACAAUCUGCCUUCUCAGUAAAAGGCGUUAACCUAUGGAACACUCUACCCACUCACCUGAAACUGGAGACUGAUACAAAUGCUUUUAACAGAGGACUAAAAGCAUGGUUAAAAGCAAAACAACAAUGUUCACAUGUAUAAAUAUGGACUUAGUUUAAUAUUGUUACUAAUACCACGGUUGCGAUCAUGAAUUUUGUUUGUUUUAUCUCCUACUGCUGAUCAUAUGCUCUGUGAUCUUUGAAUAUUACUGUUUGCAAUCAUAACAUCUGUUUGUUUUAUCCCAUUUGUUAAUUAUAUGCUUUGUGUUUUUAGAAUGCCGCCUAUGGACUGGUGUUGAAAAUUAGCACGUGUGCUACAUACACCUAAGCAAAGGCAUCUGGUCUGUCCACUGGGACAGUCUCAAUGUAUUUGUGAUGUCCAUAUCAAAUAAAAUAAACCUAACCUAACCUAUGUGACUUACAAAGAUAGAUAUAUAUAAUAGUGAACGAACAUAUAGAAUACAAAUAAGCACAAGUGAAGCUUUGCCAGGGGAGGCUUAUAAGUUAUUAAAAUAAGCCUCUGUACAACUUCAUGGAGAAAAUAUAUAAAAUUAGGUUUUUUUACUGGUGAAUUUACAUUUAUGAAUGUGGAACUUUGCCAACAGAAUUAAUAAAUUUAUAAUGAAGUACAUAUUUUCUUUACUUUGACUUCUAUAAAAGCAAAAUACUACAUUCUCCCACAAUAAGGUAAAGUCUUUAUAAAUAUGGUACCUGCAGUAUGUUUAGUCAGCAGCUGAGCUUGUUGCAGCUCAGUCGUAUGGAUCAUACUGUUUAUCCUGCUUUAAUGCCGUUUACAUCAUUACCUGUUAACCUGUCAGUGGUUUAUUCUAAACAUUAAUACACACGGGCAUGCACGUGUGCAGGGCAGCCAUCCCUACUGAAAAUACUAUGCUAGCGCAAGACUAUAGGAUGAGAAAUUAGACACUAUGUUGUCAUCCAUCUGCUACAGUGCAGUAGCAGAUAGUGGAACGGGGGUGUGUCAAGGACUAUUUUCUCGUUGAUAUUUCCUCCUACCUAAACCUGACCCAGACCUUACCUCUGACCAUAGGGCGCGCUACACAUUAAGUGAAGAGAAACACUUUUCAAUGGGGGAACAGACUUCUAUACAACACCUGUGUGGCUGCAAUGUGGUACAGUGACAGUCAUGUUAGCACUGUUUAUUGUAACGCUGUGCUCUCCCCUUACGUUAUAUUGCUUCAAGUUGUUUAUCUUAUAUUUACUCAGUUUCCCGUCAAUUAACCUGCGUGUCUUUGGACUAUGGGAGGAUGCUGGAGUACCCCGAGAAACCCCACGCUGACACAGCGAGAACAUGCAAACUCUGCACAGAAGGGCUUGCCACUCUUGGUUUCAAUUCCCCUACCCCAGGUUCGAAACAGGAACCCACUUGCUGUGAGGUGAAAAUGCCAACCACUGCACCACCAUGCCACCCACUGAUUGUAUCCUACCUAAAAUUAUCCACAGAUACAGUGUGUGAGUUGUGCCCUGAGCAUGAAGAAAAGCUGAAACUCUUUUGUGUCACAGAUCAGCAGUUGGCUUGUAUCAUAUGCCGAGAUGGGGAGAGACAUGAAGGACACAAGUUUCAACCAGUCAAAGAAGCAGCUGCAUCUGUGAGACAGGAGUUGGAGAAGGGGAUGGCGAACCUUUGUGAUGAUAUCCUAGCUAUAGAGAGCGUAGCCAACACACAGAGGGAAGAAAUAAGAAAAACCAAAGCAAAAUCUGAACAGCUGAUGACCGAAAUCAACAGACAGUUUGAGGAGAUGCACCAGUUUCUGAGAAAGAGAGAAGAUGAGAUAAAGAAUGAGCUGAAACUCAAAGAGGAGGGUGAUGUUGAGAAAAUGAGCAAGAGCUUAUAUAUUAUAGAAACAGCCUUGUCUGAGUGCAGGGAGCUGGAGGGAAAGGUGACAUCAGUUGUGAAAACUGAGGACUCAGAGAGGCUGUUAAAGAGCUGGACUGAAGGGAACAGCAGGACAACUGCAGAAGAUUUAAUCAAGCCCAAGGCAAAUGAUCUCCAAGUGGUGGAUAGCUCUCUCUCUCUGGGGCCUUAUGAAAGCCACCUGCAGUUCUUUAUGUGGAAGGAGAUGCUUCAGGUGAUCCAGCCCCGAGCAGAGCUGCUCUCACUCAAAAGCAACAGUGCAGAUAUAGCUGUGUCUGAAGAUGGGCGGAGUUUGUUUAGUACACCCAAAAGCAACCAUGCUUCAUUAGGUUCCGUCCCUGCUUUUGGCUCAGCCACAGGAUCAGGCCAAACGACAGGAUUUGGUUUUGGUUCCACCACAGGAUCAGGCCAAACGACAGGAUUUGGUUUUGGUUCCACCACAGGAUCAGGCCAAACGACAGGAUUUGGUUUGGGUUCCACCACAGGAUCAGGCCAAACGACAGGAUUUGGUUUUGGUUCCACCACAGGAUCAGGCCAAACGACAGGAUUUGGUUUUGGUUCCACCACAAGAUCAGGCCAAACCCUAAACGUUGGCAAGGCCUUCUCAUUUGGCCAAACCACGAACGAGUCUUCCAGGUCCUUCUUACUUAGAAAACCUGCAUUUAGUGUCAAUAAGUUCACUUCAGGGCAGCAUUAUUGGGAAGUAGAAGUUGGACACAGGGACUAUUGGGAGCUGGGGAUAAAAGAUAAUUUCCUGAAAUAUGAUGGGCAACAAUAUUCCAUCUGUGGUCCAAAUAAAACCACCGAGCUAGGUUUUAGAGACAGACCACGAAAGAUUGGGAUUUACCUAAACUGUGCAUCCAAGAAGCUCUCCUUCUAUGAUGCAGACAACAUGACGCAUAUUCUCACUAUGAGCUCAAGCCUCCUGUCCAUGCCACUGUCAGCAUAUUUUAACAUUAGAGUCACAUCACCUGAUCUUAACCCUUUGACAGUGUGCUGGUACUGAAGUCAAGAUCAGUAUCAUAGCAAGUUAUGGUAACCAAGUGUUUUCAGCUUUUUCAGGAGCAAAAAUUAUCCCAAAAUUGGGAAAUUUCCAAGUUCUUUAUUGCAGGAGAUAAACAGCAUGAAUACAUAAAAAGACUUUGAAUUAAAACAUAUUUUGCAGUGUAGGCCUAUCAUGUAAUUUUAGAGGUCUGUCUUUCUAUGAUUUCUUGCAUUGCUUAUAUAGGCUACAUUGAAGCCAAAAUAAAUGUUGGAAACGUACGUUUCUGCAAACCACAGAUAUGUAACAUUUAUAUGUUAUGUAGCAGAUAUGAAAGAAAGAAACUUUACUUUUGUGUGUUUCAACUCUGUGGUUAACAUGUGGUUAUGCUUAGGCUCAAACAAUACUUGGUUAUGGUUACAGAAAGAUCAUGUUUUGACUUAAAAUACAGCCAGUUUUGGUGCCACAAUCACAACUGGAAAUCCCACUAUGUCCCACUAAUAAGCCCCAGUUUUGUUUGCCACUGAUGCCUUAGUAAAAAGAACUGAUAUUGGUGGCACAAAUACGGCUGGAAAUACCACCAAUUUCUGGCUAAAAAACAACAGGUUGUGGUGGCACAAUCAUGUCUGGAACUGUCACAGAUGUCUCACUAAAAAACACCAGCUCUUGGUAACACAAUCACAACUGGAAAUGCAGCCAAUGUCUCACCAAAAACCAACUUGUGUUGUAGUCACAAUCAUUGUGGGAGCUGCUGCUGAUGUCUUGGUAAAAAACAACCGAUUUUGGUGGCACAAUCAUGCCCAGAAAUGUUGCCAAUGUCACGCUAAAUAAUAAUUGGUUUUGUUAUUUGUUGGUCUUGGUAAGAUAUGUAGGAAAUGCACAAAUGUAAUGUAGCAGUGGUUUGGAGAAACAUAUUAUGCAAACAUUUUCCCCUGGUAACUGGGCUUAUUAUUGGUCUUGUUGAUAUGGUGUAUGUGGAGUACCAGCUAAAUGAAUAUACAUUUUGUUGUCUAUAUUUGAAUGAUAUGUUUUGUGUUUGUCAUCUGAUUUUGAAUGCUAGGACUUAAUUAUUUGGGAUUCUGUGUGUUUUAUACUAAUGUACUGACGUGGAUCUAAAGUAUGUAUCUGCCAUCUGUAUGAGAUAUUCUAUGCCGCCUUCUCACCACUGGAGGUUGGUGUUAUCAUGUGUCACCAGACCUUGGCUAUAUAAGCUCUGGAAGAUCUCAUCAAUUUUCAAAGAAUAAAAAAAUAAUGUGACAAAUAUGUUUAAUAAAAUUGUAUCUGCUCAA